AUGAUUCCAUUUUCUGUUUAUCUUGCAGAGUGGAAAAGUUUAAUGGCUUUCAGGUAGAGGCCAGCAAGAGACAAUAAAGAUGAACACAGUAACCUCCAUGGACAGACACAUUCAGCAGACGAACGAUCGGCUGCAGUGUAUAAAACAGCAUCUACAGAACCCUGCAAACUUCCAGACUGCUGCAACUGAGCUCCUUGACUGGUGUGGUGACCCACGCGCAUUUCAACGUCCCUUUGAGCAGAGUCUGAUGGGCUGCUUGACGGUUGUCAGCAGGGUAGCUGCGCAACAAGGCUUUGACUUGGAUCUUGGAUACAGGCUGCUGGCUGUAUGUGCUGCAAACAGAGACAAGUUCACUCCAAAAUCAGCAGUGGCAACACGCAUGCUUUGACACAACAGGAGUAGAAGCCUCACAAGUUCUGAACAAAUCGGAUGACUUUGGAUGACUGUGAAACUGUUACACCUACUCCCUGCAAUCAGCAAGUUCUGCAUUCUACCACACUUUUGACAGAGCGAUCCCUCCUGAAGUGGAUACCUGCAGCAAAGCUGUCAAAAUGAUGACUGAACAUUUCGUAUAAAGGAAGGAUUUUGGGAAAAUGUUUCAAAGCUGACGAGAGAAAUCCCGGAAGUGGGAAUUGAAAGUGGCGUCGACUGAUGUUGUGUUGAAAGGAUUGAGAAAGUAAAAAAAAACGGCAAAAGAUGAUUAUUAACAAAAAAGGGAGAAAAUAAGUGCAAAAGCAAAUUAUAUCAAAAGUAGAGACAUGGCUAAACCCAAGCCCCUUAUAAAAUGAGGCUGUAGUUAUAAUAACAGGGAUUGGAGUCAUAGAGAUAUCCAGCACAGAAACAGACUCUUCAGUCCAACUCAUAUAUGUUAGAU